AUGUGGUGGCCUACCAUUGGCACUCAAUGUCAUAGGCGAGACCAUGUCAUGCAAGAGGACGGUGGAAGAAUGGCGUCACGCGAUAGAUGUUUUGAUUCGUACGCUAUAGAGUUUUCUGGCAUGGAAGAUAAGAUCCUUCCUCUUUUGAAGUAUAGCUACGAUAAUCUUAAGGGCGAAGGUAUUAUAGAUGGAAGUGAAGGUAUAGAGAGGGCUGAGAACAAGGGGUAUGAGAUCAUUGGUGAUCUUGUUCGUGCAUCAUUGUUGAUGGAAGAGGCUGAAUGA